GUGGCAACAAACUCGUGCCGUAGUUUCUGCUCCGUUAUUGAGACUCUCAUUGUUCUUAAAUUUUUAAUUCAAUGAGGAUAAUUCUUCAGAGAUAAAUCCUAAUAAAACGCGAAAAUGUUCCUUUCUUCGUCACUUCUCGUGUUUUUUCUUGACUUUCUUCUGAAAAAUGUGGAAUGUUCAGUAAUUUCUUAUCAAGUCAAAAAUUCGAAGACCACGCAAGAGAGAAAGAAGAGAGAAACAAUUAACCAAUCAAACUCAUCGAAUUGGAUAAAACCGAUCUCGGAUGUUAACCAGGACCUUCUGAAUGUUCAAGCCAUUAUUGCCAAGGAUGAGAAAAUGAAGGACAACUGUAUGACUGGUUCGCAAAAUACAGAAAACAGACAUUUAAUGUGUGCUGGUUCGAUAUUGACAGAUCGGCACAUAUUAACUUCAGCUAGCUGUAUGCAUGAAGCAACACAUAUUAGACACAAUUUAAAAGCACCUCUUGUUGUGGUAAUUGCUCCAUUGAAACCGGAUCUUCAGGUGAUCAGGGUUCAUAGCUAUAAAGUGCAUCCUAAGCAUGAUAUAUUUCCCGAGGUAUAUCCUCACAACCAUCUACAUAUAAGACAUAACAUUGCAGUAAUCAAGUUAGCAUGCAGUAUCAAACCUCAGCACUUAACUAAGAUUCGACUUCCAAAAGCUCCCUACACAGAAAUUUGUUCCUCUGAUAACUGUAUGGUCGCUGUACUCAGGAAAGUUGGAAAAACAUCGCUUGUUAUUUAUGAUACUCGUGCAAAACAAAUCCCCUGGACUUCGAGGAAACGAAGAUCGAUAGAAAUGGCUGAAGAUUUACGAAAUGAUUCGAACACUGAAAUAUUAUCUGCCAAUAUUCGAGAAAAAUUGGUGGACACGUCGAAAAUUCAAGAAACACUUUUGUUGUUCGAUAAGAGAGAAGCCCAAGAACUAUUGCCUCUUGAUAAAUUAGGAAUAGUCAUAUCUGGGAUGAAAAAUAAUUUUAGUUUUAGUCCCAAUGAAGCAAUUAUUCAGCAGAGAGAAGUACUAUCUACUUCGGGAGGAAUUUCAAUGGCCACCAAUAUUGCUAAUCAACAUGUCUUUCAAGGCGAUUCUGAUCAAAAUAAGAGACAAAGAUUAUUUUCUGUUAGAGCAAGUGAUGGGGUUCAAGGAUGUCCUCAGUUAGGAUCUCCUGUCAUGUUUGACAGAAUUCAAGCAGCUUUGAUAGCAACAUCCUGUGACGAUAGACAACCGGGAGCAUUUUGGAAGUACACAGACAUUUAUUCUAAUUCUGAGUGGAUCGUUGGACAAACUUCAGAUUUGAGUAUUCAAAACUCAAAAAUUGAAUCUCUAGAAUCUGAUAAAUUUGCUGUAAAAGGUUGUAGUACAUGCAUCUACAAUUUUUUUAUAGACCUAACUGGUUCUAACGAUGGAACCAACUGUAGUGACCUUAACCGAAAUUCGAAUCAUUUCAAAAUGUGUGCUUCACAUAAGGGUCGAAAGAGGAUGAAUAAACAAAAUUCAAUUCCAAAAAAAGAUGAGACUUCGAGGAAUCUUCAGUUACAGAAUCCUCCUAAACAAAGAGGAGUUAGACAAUAUGAAAUUAACGGUGAAAUUAGGAAUAAAGAAAAUGAAAAUGUUAAGAAAACCCAGAAGCUUCAUGAAAAGUCUUCCAAAAUUAAUAAACAUCUUCUAAAGAAUGAUGAUAAAAAUUUGACUACAGAUAUCCCUACAGAUUACGACAAAGGUGUGGGCAGGGGUCCCGCGAUGGAUUUCGACCAAGAUUUCGAUAAAGAUUUCGAUAAGAAAUUCCAGGAUGAGUUUCAGAAGGAUUUACAAAGGGAUUUUAAAAAUUAUUUUAAUAGGAAAUAUGAUAGUGGUAUUAGGCACAAAUUUGAGAACGAUGAUAAUUUACGAAACAUUAAGAAGCCAAUUGAAAAUCGAUUGAGGAAUGAAAAUUCAGGUAAUCAGGAUCAUGAAAGUUUGAAGGAAAAUGGAUACAAAAAUCUUAAUUCUUCCAAGGUAGUGGAGACGAUGAACCCUCAAGAAAGCAAUGACUAUAAUCCACUCUCGAAGAAGUUCCGUAACCUACGGAAGGUAUUGGCUCGCAUCCACAAGUCCAUUCCGGAUAAGAAUAUCGAAAAUGUUUUCUUUGCGGGCCAAAGACAAAUUUUGCCAAAGAAGGAAAUUUCGAAUUCAGGUCAGGGAGUGGAGCAUUUUAGAGAAGAAAAGAUGCAGUCAAUUGUGGACAGACAAUUCGCGGUUUUCCUUAAGGAUAGAGAAAGAGCAGCAAAUAAACAUCUUAAUACAUAUCCUGGAUUUAAUGGAUAUUUUUUACGGAAAAUUACAAAAACGAUCACCAUGGGACUGAAACUGUUACUGCUUCUACUGUUACUAGUGAUGCGUUACAGUCUCUCCCAGAACGUUGAUAACGGUCCGAAAGUUGACGACAGAUUUUUCAAAAGGUCGACGAACGCAAAUUUGUACGAGGAAAGUAUCUUUGAAAAUUCGGUGGAAAAUUUCAGUUACAUCGUUCAUGAAAAUAAACAAAAGGAGAAACUGCGAGGAUCAAUUCGUGACAAUUUUGUCGAGGUAAAUCCCUCAGAAAGAAAUGACACGAUGCUAAAUUCUCGAAAUCGGCAAGACAUGCAAACAGUCCUUACGAAAAAAUUCCUAUCUGAUCCAAGAUUCAAGGAAAUUUUAAAAUCUGAACGUGAUUUGAAUUUUCUAACGACAUGGUUGAUGAAUCGCAAACAGUCAAUCGUUGGGAAGCCGGAAAAGUCAGACAGGAAGAGAAUCAAGCGUAGGAGAAGUAAAUUGUGCACCGUUAGCGGCAAUGAACUUCCAGACAAAGUUAUUGAGAAUCCCGCUUCCUUUUCCAAAAGAACAAAACCAAAUUUGAAAAAAAGAGUUAAAAGAAAAACAGACAAAUUUUGGAUUGAGAAAGAUGUUAAAGGGUAUGACGAAGCUCUCAAAAUGCAUGCUUUUAUUGUUCGAGAUGAAGAAGUUCCAGAGUGUGGAAGCGCUGCCAGCAAAAUCACGAACACUCGUUAUUUUAUGUGCAGUGGAGUUAUUCUCAACAGCAGAUACGUACUAACGACUGCAACGUGUAUCCAUUAUGCACACGUUUAUGAGAACCACAUUGAUGCUACUAUUUCGGUUUUAAUUGGCGCGGUAUCAAAAACAACUUAUGUUAUAAAAGCAGAUAGUUAUGAAAUGCAUCCAAAAUUUAUACAUAAUCCAGAUGCGCAAGACUUUGCUACUCACAAUGUUGCUAUCAUCACAAUGGACUGCAACAUUCCUAAAGACGCUCUUUUUAUGCCCAAACUCCCGUCAAAAUACGAAGAUCUGGCUCACUCAUGUUGUUCAGGAAGUUGCAAACUGUUAACAGUUCGGCAAACACCAAAAAACAGGCACAAAAUCCUGUUGAUGGAUGCCAAGCACAUUCCCGCAGCAGAUCACUACGAUGACGAAAAUAGAAAUCGAAGAGAAACGUCUACUUUUGUAAGAAAAAUAAAAAAAGAAAACCGAAAAACUGCAACCCCUCCUGAGUUUUUCUAUAGCGAACCUGAAAAAAACAACCUGAAACCCGCCACUUCUAGUAGAAGACAAUCAGAUAAGAUCAACAACUUUGAAAAUGAAAGUGUUGGUGAAGGCCUGGGAGAAUUAUCUCAAAAGAUAAUGGUAGAAACGCACCGAUCAAAUUUUGACGAUGAACCGAUACCUGUACCUGCUAACAUGACGGCCAAAAAUGAAAAGUCUGUCGAUAACUUCGUAAAAGAUAUUUCUGAAAAAGCUGUGGAACAAAUAAAUAGAAUGUUGACUGACGAAGAAUCGAAAAAUAGGGUUUUGCCAGGCAUUAGUGAAACUGGAGCCGAGAUGGUAGAUCAAAUUGCUCAAACUGUUGCAAAAUCUGUGAUGUCAAAUUUAAAUCUUACGCGAAUGUCGACAGUCGAGAUGCUGAGCAAUUCUUUAGCCGAUCCAGAUGCUAAAUAUUACAAUUGUCCACCAUUGGGAUCACCAAUCAUCGUAAACAAGACUCUGAUAGGAUUGGUGGUAUACACUUGUGAUGAUCUUCAAAGUUGGGUACCAUGGAAAUACGUAGAUGUUGUCAGGAAUUUAAAAUGGAUUAAAAAAGUAAUUUCCUAUAUAAAAGAAUCACCAAGAUCUCGAAUACCUUUCGGUGAAGAAAAUAGGAUCGAUUCUCCUGACACCAUCCAUGGAAAUUAUCAAGGACAGAAUUCAUGGAGUAAAAUAGAUGAUAAUAAGAGUCCUCGAGUUGCUGUUAAUAAAUGUUUUCUAAAUGGCGAUGGGACAGUUUUUUGUGAGAAUCAAGGUAUUUUGCCAGGGAAUUAAAUAAUUAAGUUACAUAUCAUAAAUAAGUAAAAUAGUAAGAAAAUGCAGGUUGAGGGAAUUUUUAAUUGUAAAAAAUGUAUCUGAUGUUAUAGAGAAAAAUGUUUCAAGUGUCGUAAAAAAACCUUGUUUGAAAGGUAACAUCGUCAAGACAAUAUCACAUUUAAAUCCAGUCAAUUAAUCGAAUUAUUGAAUGACGCAUGUUUAGAGAGAGUAAAUAUAUAUUAAGUUAGAAAGGAAUUAAAUUAUCCCCAAAGGAAAUCUUGUUAUAUUUUUAUUUUUAUCUCGACAAUUAGAUUAUAUAUUUUGCUAAAACGAAAAAAUCAGAUUACAUCGAAUUGAAAGAACUUGGAAAAUACUAAUAAAGAAUUUAGGUUGAAGAUCAUUAAAAAGGUUCAAAUUCAAAUUUUAUAAAAUAAAAAUUUAUAAACAUAUCUCUAAAUUCGUACAAAAACGUAAAAAAAAGUAACCAUAAAACACAAUUGAGUACAAAUAGGAAAUUUUUAGGUUUCGCCGGAAACAAGGUGUUUUUUUGACUUAGGAAGAAAAAUAUUUAGGAUAUUGCAAUAUUUUAAAUUAAGGUAUGCAAAUUAUCGCUAUUAUAAAAAAGCUUUUAUGCCUAAAUUUUGUUGUAAUAGCUAUCACAAACACAUCUUUACUGAAAAUUAUCUAAUUUAAAUAUUCUAAAUAUUUGUAAAAAUAAAAUACAACAAUAUACAUUAU